AUGCAAACACAACCACCCAACAACAUGGACCCUCAGGAGAUCCAGUCCGUCCGCUCCAUCCUCCACCUAAUCUACCACCGUAACAAAAACCAGCACCAAAAAGCGAAGUGGUGGAGAUGGCUAUCAAUGCUGAAACGCACCGUCUCGGUCCUGGCAUCACUGGACCCGAAGAAGCUUGCGACAAGCUCCCACCUGCAACAUCUGCACUUGCAUCUGAUCCCGAAAUGCUACCAGGCGUUCUCCACUGUCGUUGCUGAUAACCAAUUCUCUACCCUUGGUAUCGUGCUUUUCGCUGCUCUGGCGCGUCUGGCUAAGGCUACGGCUGUGGUGGAUCGUGGAGAACGGAUUUGUCGCGGUGGUGGUGACGUCGACGGCGACGGCAGUGACUUGCCCAUAUUGCGCAAAAAACAGCAGUCUCGAUCCGACGACGGAGGAAAUGAGAAAUCUGUCAAAGUUGACAAGGAAAAGAAGAAGGUCAAGAAGAGUUCUAGUAAAAAGAAAAAGAACGCCAUUGAUGAUUUGUUCAGCGGGUUAUUCUGA